GACAGGGAGAAGUUUCAACAUUUCUGCCGAAGAUAUUAAGACUGAUGACGUCUGCGAUGGGAUUUUGAGACCGAUGGGACAUCACUACACCUCCGUUGUGCAAGAGUGGUCACUGGUCGGGAGCAAAGCAUGGGUGUCAGAUUUAGUUACCAGUGUGCAAAUGCUGGGAAGUAUGACGGGUGCAUUGUUGGCUUCUCAGUUUGCUGAAAGUUUUGGGAGAAAGAAGGCCCAUUUUGGAUUGUGCUUUCUCAUGGGAGGUUUUGGUUUUGCGUCUGGUUGGGCGCCAGACCCUUAUUCCUACGCUGCGACCAGAUUCGUUGCAGGAUUUGCGGUUGGUGGUUGUUUCGUUGUUUAUAUGAAUUAUCUCAUGGAGUUUUUGACCCCAUCGUUCCGAACGAUUUGUGGGUGCGUGAGUCUCUGGGCGGUGGGAGAAAUGAUGCUGGCCUUCAUCGCGUACAACCUCCCGCACUGGAGACACUUAACUUUUGCCACGACGUUGCCCACCUUUUUAAUAUUUUUCGCUUAUCCUUUUUUCCCAGAAAGCCCACGCUGGCUUUUAUGCAAGGAAAGGACGGAAGAAGCGUUGGAAGUUUUCGACAAGAUUGCCAGAUGGAACAGGAAGCCUGGCAUGGAUCCUGCGGAGAUAAAGACGCUCCAAAAAUGCAUCACCCACAGCGUGGACUCCUCCUCGGAAUCGUUAUCCAUCGUGGAAUCCUUUAAAAUCCUCAAGUUUAAGGAGUUUCGGGUGCAAUUAGUGAUUCUUAUGGUGGCCUGGUUUACGUGUCAAUUGGUUUAUUACGGGAUCAGUUUUAACAUGAAGCAUUUGGAUGGGAAUCCAUACUGGAACGUGUUUUACAUGGGGGUUCUCGAUCUGCCGGGAAGCUUUACAGGGAUUUUGUUCAAUAAUAGACUAGGACGGAAGAAAACGUUCAUUAGUUUCCUCGUGAUUGCGUCAUUCUUCUUGGUGGGCCUGGCUGCCAUCGAUAUCACGUUAUCCAUCGAGUAUCCCGCCUUGGUCAAUGUGCUUUCCCUCAUAUCUCGAUACUUCAUUUCCGCUGCCUUCGCAGUUUUGUCCUGCUUCACGGCAGAAUCCUUCCCAACCGUGGGGCGAGUUAGUUGCAUGGGGUUGUGCGCUCUUUGUGGAAACAUUGGGGCAGUUUUUGCCCCACAAUUUACAUUUCUGGGCACGAUGGCGAAAUCCGCCCAUUUCAUCAGCUUUGGAUUACUGAGUCUUAUCACGGUCGGGGUAUCCUGGAAGUUGAAGGACAGCACGGGAAAACCACUGCAAGACUCGGUCGAAUUAAGUCAAGUCGCAUCACCGUGAAGUUUAAAGUUUAAUCAUCUUUGAAUUGAACAGUGAUGGUCAUUGGUCAGUAUUAAUCAGAUCUUUUGCUCGGGAGGAUUCUCUGCCAGUCAUAAAUACAAACCAGCACUUUGAACAAUUUGUUUUUACACGUAUUUACAUAUGAGAAAUGCCAUUUUCAUGUACGCAAAUCAUCAUUGCAUAUAACUCCACUAUGAUUCUUGGUUUUAGAUUUAUUAGUUCAUGAAUCAUUUUGUAGUGUGUAAAAAAAUGUAUGCGUUAGUUUUAAAAGAAAUAAAUGGAUAAAUUAUUAUUAAUCAAGA